AUGGCCGAGCUCUUGGCUUCCCUGGGCCUCGACGACUCAUCGUCCUCGGCCAUCUCUGCUGCCUCGGUUGACGGCACACGGUCUGCCACCUUGAAGGGGAUCUUGGGAGACCUGCGCUCCGACGGCCAACUGGAAUUCGCCGAUGAGGACGAUGGCACCCGGUCUGCCACGCUCGGUAUCCUGGGCGACCUCGACUCGGGCAGCAAACUGCGUGGAGAAUUCGCCGAGGCAGACGAUGGCACCCGGUCUGCCACGCUCAAGGCUAUCCCUCGCGAGCUGAACGAGGGCUUCCAACUUCAUGGGGAAUUCGCCGACGAGGCGGAUCGUGCUGAGCGCCGACUACGCGAGGAGCACUCGGACGAGGCGUCGGCCGCUGCCUCCUCCGUCGCCUUGUCCUCUGUGGUGUCCGAUUCCGCGUCCGCACGGUCUGUGCCAUCCUUUGGGCCUUUGUGGCUGGAAGUGUCGCUGUUGGAGCGCUUGAAGCUCCUGCCGGUGCCGGAGGCCUCGGCAGGUGGGCCGGAAGGUUGGGUGCAUCGGCACCUGCUGGCACGCCACGCCGGGGGAGCCGAGAAACGGGCGGGCAGCAUUAAGGAGUCCUUUCACGGUUGGAUUUGUGGCAGCGGAAUCGAGGAGCCGCUUGGCCUGCAUCGAAUUUCUUCAGACAUCGGACAGCCGGCGGAGAUCUGCCCGGAGCAUCCAACGUACCUGUCUCAAAGUCUCCCUGCCCACCUCAGCGCCAGCACCAGGGCGAAAGUAGACGUGUCCGGGGUGCCGGUGCGGCGGUCCGUGGCGGCGGCCAGCCGCUCGCGGCCCAUGGAGCGCGCCUCGCUGCGGGCCACCUUCCGGCUGCGCUGCGCCGAGCGGGUGGGCCCUGAGGCGCUGAGCAAGGACUGCCCAGUGAAGCUCGUGGUCUUCGACUUUGAUGAGACCCUCACGCUGGCAACUUUUAUGACCGGCAACUGCGAGUAUGCCGACGAGGAGGAGAAGGACAUUGCGCGGGUCAUCAACUUUGAGACCCCCUGGGUUGAAGGCUCCAGGAUCCAGAAGCUGCAGCACAUGCUCCAGUCCAUCAAGGAAUCCGCAGGCCAGACGCGGACCUUGACGGUGCUCACCAACAACGGCAAGGGCGUCCAGGCGGUCAUCAACAUGCUGAAGAUCGCCUCUCUUGACCAGUACUUCAGUGCUGUGUGGACCAUGCCCUGGAGGCAGUACAUGCCCAACGGCGCGUACAAGGAUCAGAAGGGGCAGUGGAAGUUGUUUGACCCCCCUUCUGACAAGGUCCGCAAUCACAAGGCUGACGUCUUGACGCAUGUGACCAAAAACCCCGUGGCCUGGUUCCCGCAGAUCGGCAACGAUGCAUCCUUCAAGGACCUGGAGUCCUUGUCCAUGGGGAACAUCGUCCUGGUGGACGACCAGCGGGCCAACUUCCAGAGUCAGUUCGGCGCCGCCAUCCUGCGCUACUGCAAGGUGGCUCGCUAUGACGCGGACCUCUACUACGACAUGCGGAUGGUGAAGAACAUGGGGGGCAUCGGGGCGCACCACGACGCGGACUACGACACUCUGAAGCGCUUUGUGGAAGACCCCUGGAUGUGCAAGGAGACCCUGCAAGUGAGGUGUCAAGAGCGGGACUUCGCCGGCUGGGAGAAGCACCCUCCGGUGAAGCUGGUGGUCUUUGACUUUGAUGAGACCCUCACCAUGGCUACCUUUAUGCCCUACAGCAAGGGCAUUAUGACCAAGGUGGGGUGGACGCCGGCAGAUGCAGAGAUGAAGGACUGGAGCCAGGAGGAUUUGGUGAAGUACAACUUCGACAGCCCCUGGGUGGAGAACCGGGUGCAGAAGCUCCGGAGCUUGUUCGAGGAUCUGGGCAAGGACCAUGCCCUGACGAUCCUGACGCAGAACAAGAGCGGGGUGGUGGCGGUGCUGAACUUGCUGAGCCUGGCCAACCUCCUGGAGAACUUUAGUGCGGUCUGGUGCAUGUCCAGCGGGGGAGACUGCGAUGGCGCCUUCUGGGAGCAGGGCCGAUGGCAUUUGUUCCGCACGCCCUGCGCGGAGGUGAAUCAGCACAAGGCCGACGUGUUGGAGCACGUGGCCGCGCAUCCGCUGCGGUGGUUCCCACAGCUCAGUGGGGAGGCAUCACUGCAGCAGAAGCUGUCGCAGCUGAAGCUGGAGCACCUGGUGCUGGUGGACGAUGAGAGGGCGAACUUCCGAAAUGACACUGGCCUCAGCGCUGCCAAAGUCUUGAGGUAUUGCAAGGUGCCCAGAUACGACGACACGUAUCGCGAGUGCGGGCUGCUGGACCAGAUGGGGGGCUUGGGCGCGCACAGUGACCUGGACUACGAGGAGCUGAAGCACUUCGUGGAGCAGCCAUGGGACUACCCCUACCCCACCCGUACAGAAGCAACGAGCCUCAAGAAGAAGGUGCCGAGCAACGUGAGCUUCGCCACUGACGGACAGGCAGAGAGCGGCCACACCAGGAUCGAGCUGGUGCGGAUAGAGGAUGACGAGGCGGGCCGAAGAGCCCGAGAAGGCGCCGCGCCAGAGGAUCGGCUUCUGAGGCGCCGCGACGUGGGGAGUUUCACCCUGCACACCGGCCGAGUGACGCAGAGAGUCUGGGAUCUUUGCGCGGAGCACGAGGACCUGCUUCGGAUUGCGGACCAGCAGGCGGACUUGGCGCGGGCAUGCAGGCCACGAACGCGAUGGACGUCAAAGGCUGUGCCCAUGUCGCACCAGGUGGACACCGACACGGAGAAGCUUUACGCCCAGGUCUCCGCGCAGCGCGCGGAGCUCCACGAGCUCUUCCAGGCGAAUGACUUCCAUCGUCUUGAAGGCCGUGCCGGCCUCGGGGCGGCCGGAGAGCGCAGCCUGCUGAUGGAGCGCGGCCGCUUGCAGCAGCGGGUCGCGGAUCUCGAGCACCAGGUGCGGGAAGCGCGAGGCAGCGACCCUGCCUGGGAGCUGUGCGAGCGGCGGGGGGGCCCAACAGCAAAGGCACCCGGGGAGCAGUUUCCUUCAGAGGCUCCGGAGGUAGUCUCUCAGAAGGCUGUGCCGGCAAAGGGGUCCACACCCAUUGGCAUCGAGGUCUCCGAGCUGCCGUCCGGAGCCGCCCGCGAGCGGAACCUCGAGGAAGGUAUCAAGAGCCUGUACCAGACCUGCCAGCUGUAUGACCUGAACCUUGUGGUUGGCAAGACGCGGCUGCCUGCGCACAAGGUGGUCCUGGCCGCGUUGAGCCGUGCGUGUUGCGAGGAGGUCCGCAAGGCAGUGGCAGAGUACAGCGGCGAAGGUCCGGACGAGAAGCCAAAGGACCGACUGGAAGCGCAGGUGCCACGAGAGGAAGUGCAAACCUCACCGGCCGAGGCGAAAGAGCCAGAACCGGCUGCAGGGGCACCUGAGGCGAAAAAGCCGAAAGAACAAGCUCUGGCGCUGCCAGCGAAAGAGACGGAAGAACAAGCUCUACUGGCGGAGGAAAACGAGCCAGAAGGACCAGCUCCACCUGAGGUGGCCGCCUCCCCAGCGGUCUACAGCAACCAGUGGAAGGCUUCCGAGAAGAGCGACCCCUCACCCACGUCGCCCAGCGAAGCCUCUGUGACGGAGGUCAAGCCACGGCCAGAGAGGCCAGAGAUGGUCCUAGACAUCGCCAGCCCAGAGGCUGCGCGGGCCUUGCUGGACAUGGUCUAUGGCCUGGGCAGCGAGUACCACAUUCACAGCGAUGAGGCCAACGAAGACGUGCUGCGGCUGUCGAGGCUGCUGGAUGUCCCUUGCCUCCAGGAGCUUGCCACCAGGUACCUCGCCGAGAACCUGACCACGGAGAAUGCUGUGGCGCGCCUACAGACCUGUCGCCAGUUCGGGCUGGAGGAAAUGUACGAAGCCAUCGAGCAGGAGGUUGUCAUGAAUCGGGAGGCGCUGGAGCAAGUGGCCGCGGAGGAGGAGGUGAUGAAGCACCCAGCGAUUCUUCAGUCUCUGCUGGUGCGCUCUGCACGGAUGCACCGACCAAUGAAGCGCGGGCUGCCGGAGAGUCAAGCGUUGAAAGUGCGACCCGAGAAGAUGCCGAAGGUAUCUUCAAGCCGCGGCGGUGCUUGA